AUGCUUCGAGAGCCGCCGUGUAGCAAAUUCUACUUAACGUAGUUUGUCGCCUUCCGGAAGCCCGCGUUAGUAGGGAAACUAUAGCUUGUCAGUCGAGGAUGACUGUAAAAUAGGAAUGUCGCUUCGGAUCGGGCAGUAUUCAUGAGCUGUGGGGGAGCGCGGAAAGGCUUGUGUUUUUGCUGUAAGUUUGUCGAUUCCCCCUUUGGUUCCCUCAGCGUGAUCGUACAGCCAGAAGGUUUUCAAGCGUGGACUUACUUGGGGCCCUGUUCUGCUGGCUUAUACCCUAACUGCACGCCAGCAAGAGAACCGCUUUGUAUUUCGCGGCAUGGUUCAAGCAGGCGGCCAGCCGUUUGUCAUGUGUGAUUUAUGGCGAAGUCUAAUGGCAUGCAACCCGAUUAUAUGAGGAUCAAAGGAUCAUACAUCAACGUUCAUGACUCGGUGGAUAGUGUAAUAAAAUAUUUGCCGUAAAGGAUUUUGGUCAGACCUGUCAGUGCACCCUGAAACCAGAUCCUCAUCUCUGGCAAAUUGCGGUACACUGUCGAUGGACAGUUAGGAUUACAAUCAAACUUUCACACUUGGACAAAGUGCACGUUGAUAAGCGGGGACAUUUGCUCUGCUGUGCUCCAAAACAUAAUUAUAUUACAACUAAUAAAAAGGAAUUUCGCAAAGUGAGAUUUCGAAAUUGAUGAUUCGUCCGGAAGUGAAUGUCUUAGCUUUUAUACCGUCUUGGUUAUAUAGUUUUCAAGGCGAGCAGCGCAACAUGUCCAGAUACCACAUCUCUAGCCUCCUGGACUGGAUAUAUGGAGGCGUGGACCCUAAGUUCGAGGGCAACGGGGGACCGGAAUGUGCUGCCUUCCUUACCUCUAAACAACGCUGGGUUGAGAGUCUCGUCAUUGUCAUAAUAUCUAUUUUCGAGAUCGUACUGGCACUGAGAAUGAUUCAGGUAUCCAAAGAACUGAAAGAAGCUACCAGGAACGAACGACACUCCAAAGAAGAGAGCCUGGGCAAGAACGUGCUGCUUGUCGCGGUCUGUUUAACUUUCGGAGUGGAGGUGGGCUUCAAGUUUGCCACCAAGACCAUCAUCUACCUACUCAACCCGUGCCACGUCGUUACCAUGUUGCAGAUUUUUCUGCUUGCUUGUCCUCCCUGUAAAACUGCAACCAUUGUAUUUCGGUUACAGAUGCAUAUGCUUAAUGGAGCACUCUUGGCAUUAUUGUUUCCUGUUGUCAACACAAGGCUGCUGCCCUUCGAGAUGGAGGUCUACUACAUCCAGCACAUCAUGCUGUAUGCUGUACCGAUAUACUUGCUCAGGAAGGGAGGUGUUUACAGGCCUGAACCUUUGGCACAGUUCUGGUGGGCUUUUCUUUCGACUGGUCUCCUCUUCUUCUAUCAUUUCACAUUCUUACAACUCCUCGGGCUGGUUACUGAAGUGAACCUGAACAACAUGCUGUGCCCAGCAGUCUCAGAUCCUUUCUAUGGUCCCUGGUAUCGGAUCUGGGCAUCGGGACAUCAGACAAUCAUGACAAUGACUCACGGAAAACUGAUCACGCUCUUGUUCCACCCUGCUAGUCCAAUCUACAGAUGCGUAACAGAUGUGAUCACACUGCGGACUAAGAAAAUUGCUUGAUAAUCUUCUUAGAAGUUGAGUGUUUACAGCUUAAUGCAAGAAAGAUGAAAAGACAGAAAAACAAACAAACAAACAAACUGUAAUGUGCUUCUAGUGUGGCAUUCAGAUUAGACCAGCAUAUUCAGGUCUUCACUGCCCAUACCAUUCUAGUGGCCUUGCCUCCAUUUUGAAAAAGCUUAGUUGGCCGUCUUUCUGUUUCUGUAUUUCCAAAGCCGGUAGUUUUAAGUUAGUCAUUCUCUAAAGGGACCAUUUGUAUUUUUUAAGGCCUUCUAGCCUCCUCCUCAUUAAUUACCAAAAUGUUUUCACGUUCUUAACAUAAAUACUCCAUAUUGCACAAUGUUUAAACAAAGCAAUCUGCCAAUAACUUCACGAUUCUUAAGGUCUUUAAUUUAUUAUAUUUAUUAUUGGGUUAGAGGUAAAAAGGUAAAACAUUCAUUUUUUUCAGCAGUAAUGUAUGAAACACUGGUGAAGUUAAAAAUAUGAAAUACGGAGUGCAGUUUCUAUUCAAUAUCAACUCUUCUCCGAAAUGCACAGAGCGAUUUUUUUUAUUUAUUUAUUUUUUUAACCAGAGACAUUUCUUUUGGAAUAAAACUGAAAUGGGAGAACCUGUAAUCCAUGCAUUACUGAAAAUUAUUUGUAGCGGGUUGUAUUUUGUUGCCUUUGCCGUUUGCUCAGAUGAGGUUGAGUGGAAUAGACGCCCGCUCUUUUACAACCAGCAGGCACUGGCAGCUCCAUUCAGGUUUACUGGACCAGUCGAGAGGAGGAUUCAUGCCCGGUUUAGUUUCUUACGAUGUAUUUGAUACCUUGAGAUAACGAAUGCAGGUCUGAACGCUUGGGUCAAAUGGUAUCGUUGGUGGUGCACAGGAGUGCGACGUGACGUUCUUCACGUCCGCAACUCAAACACAAAGUCGCAUCAAAUGGAACUUUUGCUGAUUAGCAAGUGAACGGGUCCCCAGUAGGUAGGAUUUUAGUUCGGACUUGUGCUCUAUGCCUUAAAUUCUAUUUUAAACACAGUAAAUGAACACUUGAAGGGAUUUUACUGCAGGUUAACGGUAUCGGGCUUCGGGUUGUUUUAAGAAUCAGUGGGUCGAGAUAUCGCUAUUUUCGCUAUCGAUUGAUUGGAGCUCAUUCACUGUUUUAUGGUGAAGUAGUUACACUCAGACACUUAAAUGAAGCUUUAUCUAAUAAGGGUUGUUUUAUCUAAAUCCUAAAAGGUUUCUAAAACAAUUGGCUAUAAAAACGAAAUCUACUUACUAUAGAGGAGUUCUGUCAUUUCAAGGCAUCACAAUUUAUGAUGGAAAUGAAACCGAAAGUUGAAGAGUUUCACAAUUUAGACGUUGAAUGACAUCAUGUAAGGAAAAUCAGCAGUGGUUUGGCCAACUGCAUCUAAGCGGAGAGAAUAAUCAAGAAGGUUAUGAUAUUCUCUUCACGCAGAUCAAAACAGAGGACACUUGUUACAAAAUCAUUUUCAUAGGCAGUCAUUUCAUUUACGCUUUGUAUCGCAGCCUCAUUUUAGGCACUGCAGAUGCCAGCAGUGGAGAUCGAUCAAGAUGGUGUCCUCCCAGCAUGUUACCAGGCAAAGACGGGUACAGCUUUCUAACUGCCAUUCUACCAGAUGGGUUUUCUUUGGAUUCGAUGGAUGGAGUUGGCAGCCGGUGACAAGCUUUAGAGCAUACUGGAGGAUACUGGAGGAGUUGGCCAUCAGACGCUAGUUACGGGACCCUAAAGGAGCGUUUUUUUCUCUAGGCUGUAAUUUAGGGGUCCAAACACACAACCUCUGAUCGAGAAUUCACGUACUCCUAGACCCCCAAAUGUGGUAAAUCAGCACUUUUGCUUGAAAUUUGGUGUAGUCAUUAAUACAAGGAGCAUUCGGAACGUGUAUUUAUUUUGGAGAAUAUUUGGUGCAAGAGCCAGUCUUAAAAAGUUAACAUUAAAGUUCAGUAACCCUUGGCAUGUUGGAGAAGUGGGAACUAUGUAGGUGUUGAUGACAAAAGAAAAGAAAGUACCUGAGCGUAUUUCUGUUUUUAUUGUGUUUUAUUUAGUGUUGUGAUUGAAGUCAUUCUAGGAGAAAUAUUUAUUUGGUGUUUGCAGGCCAUUAUUUGAAUAUUUUAGAGAUGCUGGCAGUCCCUGGCUUCUCCCGACAGUAGAUGCUCUACAAAAGCAGCCAUUGGACUCCUCAUUUAAACAUCGACUUUUUGAGGGAUGUCAUUCGAUUAGACAGGAUGACCAUGAUGACAUCCAACCUGCUUCGCUAGCUCAGGGCUUCCUAUCUAUUGUGGAGAUUUUGAAGGGUCUGCUUCCCAACGUAUUUGCUGUCGAUGGUACGUUUUUGAUUGUGUGCCGCGUUUUGCUCGAGUUUGUCUGUCAGGUUGUGUUAAAGUGCGGUGAUCUUUGUUUUAGUGGUUGUGAUGCACAUGGAAGUGAUGGAUUCUGCUGUUCAAAACGAGCAUGGCAAUGUCUUAUUUGAUUGUGUUGUAUUGUGAAAGAUAUUUAUUUCACUGAAAUUAAACCUGCGUCAUUUUUGUUACCGUUUAUCGUUGUGCAUAACCUGAACAGAUCAUAGAAAAAAGUUCACAAGCAGUCGUCAUGCUAACAACCUGGCAAUGGUAACAACCUGAAGUACCAGGAUGAAGGUGAUAAAGCCUAGGAGUGUACCACUGCCGUGUUUUUACACAUUUGCCGGUGGCUUUUUCUGUAAAUGAAUAAGUGGAAUUUGGUCUUUUCCAGUCAGCUGCAGUUUCAUUCACGUUUCAUCUUCGCUCAUGCUUGGUCGUGUAGGCCUGUAUAGAAGGCAGACUUUCGGUACACUCCGUGAUCGAGCCUGUUGCCUUAUUCUACGAUUCGUGAGAUGACGUCCAUGUGAGAUCACAGGACUGUAGUUACUUGACUCGGCUUCAGCUCGAUCGGCUCGAUUUGACACGGGUUGGUUUGGAUGGAAGAAUUAACAUGUGAUCAUUCAUGGCUGUAUCCGACUCAUCAAAAACUCGCUUCUUUAUGGGAAAGAAGUGUGAAGACACCGAGACAAAGCCACGGUGACCACCACAACCCAACCCUGAGUCGUUCGCUGUGUGUUACCACGAUUAGGGCCAAAUUGAGCCAGUGGCUCCGUCGAGGGGUCGAGCCCAGGUGUGCUCAGGUGAUCGUCACAUGAUGGCUGCCACUUGCCUUCCCCAGUAGAAAUUCUGAAUGAAUUUGUCUUUAGCACCGCAGUUUCCCCGAGUCACGUUAUGCAUUCUUAGGAAUAACCGUCCAAUUCACUUAAGAUUUUACAGAAAAAAAAAACACAGUAAUGCCUCUGUAGUCAAUUAUUUUAAAUUAAAAUACGUGUUAACUAUUCACAGUUUUGGUUUCUUCUUUUCCCACUGAUUAUUUAUGACGAUGGCUACUGUGACCUGUUGUAUUUGGUGGAAAAAUCAAAAGUGAGCCUGUGCUUUUACAUUGUGUAAAUGUUAUUUUAUCAAAUAAAUGAGUGAAAUGUUUUGCA